AUGAAAGAUAAAAAGAAAAUUUCUAUGUUAGUAGGAAGUAUUAUUUUAAUAUUAUUGGUGCUGUUAGAUAUUAACAUGUAUCAUAAAACAGGUAAAAGUUUAUUAGUAGGUGCUUCUAAAAAGGUAAGUGGUAUAAUGUUUAUUAAGAAGAAUAAAAAGAUGGAGGAAAUUAAAAAGAUUGGAGAGACGGUAGAUAGAAUAGAAAGAAAAGUCAAUAUUAUGGAUGAUAAGAUGAAUAAGCAUAAUUUAUCACAUGAUGAAUUAAUUAAACAAGUAAAGAAAGAUAAACAAACACAUAUUGAAAUAAGGCCAAUUAAAACUGUAUCAAAGCCAGAUACUAAACAAAUCCACAUUUCUAAAAUUAAAUUAGGAAAUCCAUUAACUGAUCCAACAGGUGAAGUAAUUCCUGAUUCUUUAUCAGACAAUCAAUUAAUUAAUGAGUUAUUAUCAUUUGAUGAUAUUUAUGAUAACCCGGAGAAACAUAAAUUAGAUAAUCAUAAAUUUGAAAUGCCUCGUAGAAUUCAUAAGAACCCAUUUAAUGCACCACAUGAAAGACAUAAGAAUUUGUUUGAUCACAUUAAAGUAAGUGAACCAAAUCCAAGAAUUAAUUUACAUCCAUUUGAUUUUAAUCAACCUUUAUUUGGUGCUAAUGGACCAAAUACAUCUUCAAAACAGGAUUCUGUACAGGUAUUUAAGUUAGAUAAUCUUGAUGAUUAUAAGAGCUUUACAGAUAAUAUAAGAAAAGGCACACCAGAAGACACAGUAUUUACAGGACCAGUUGCAAUUGCAGAUUUUACAUUUGAUAGGAUUAAAGAUAUUACGAAGGGAGUACCUAUUUUACCACAAAUAGGUGCAUUGAAUCAUACAUUUCCUAAAAAGGAAAAUCUAAAUAAGGAAAGUAUAAUUUCUAAGGAUGAGGUUAAGAAAGAAAAAAGUGAAGUUAAGAAAGAAAAAAAUGAAGUUAAGAAAGAAAAAAGUGAAGUUAAGAAAGAAAAAAGUGAAGUUAAGAAACUUAAGAAAGAAAUAAAGAAACAAAAAAAGAUUGAUGAAAAGAAAGAAGAAAAGAGAAAACAGGAUGAAAAGGAAGAAAAAUUAAAAAAAGAAAUAGAAAAGUUAAAGAAUGAAAAAGAAGAAUUAAGUAAAUCUAACCAAAGUUUAGAUAAAUUGACAGGAACUUUAAUGAAUGAAAUAGAUAAAACAAAUAAUGAAUUAAAAGAAGUUAAUCGUAAAUUGGAUAUUCAAAGAGAAUUUAAGAAAGUAGAAGAACCAAAAUCAUUAAAGAAAACAGAAGAACCAAAAUCAUUUAAGAAAACAGAAGAACCAAAAUUAUCAAAGAAAACAGAAGAACCAAAAUUAUCAAAGAAAAUAGAAGAACCAAAAUUAUCAAAGAAAAUAGAAGAAGUUAAGAAAAUCAAAGAAACUAAAUCAAUUAAAUUCCCGGAAAGAUCAUCAUUUGAUUCAAUAUCUGAUGAUUUUAAUGAGAUAGUAACACCAAAGAUUAAAUCAGAACCUAAAAAGAAUAAAGAAAUGAAUUUUAAAAGCAAAGACAAAGAAAUCGGAAUAGAUAACUUAUUUAACACAAUCUUUGAAAAAUCAAUUAAUCCUACACCAACCGUUUAA